AAAAUAGGCAAGGGCUCACGUGCUGUUUAUCUGAAGCGAAAGCAAGCUGAGUUCGGAGCAGCUGGACUGUGGUCGCUUCCUAUAAAUCAAAGGUCGUUGAUCUUCAACGCUGAUGCUAGGAGGUUCCAGGGCUGACGCACAUGCUGUGCAGGAAUCCAGGUCCAGUUUGGGACCUUCAGGAGGAUACAAAGGGGCCCCAGGGUGGUGGAAUAGAGGCCCCACGGAAGUGCUCUGUGGGAGUUGAGAGAGCCUGUGCACAUUUGCCCCCGAAGGUGCCAUGACUCAGCAGCCCCAGGAGGGCUUCGACCGCAGCGUGGAGGACGCCGAGGCCUGGAUGGCGGCCGUGCAGGAGCAGCUGCGGGUCAACGACGACACCCGCGGGCCCCGCGCCGCCCUGGAGGCCAGGCUGCAGGAGACCGAGAAAAUCUGUCAGCUGGAGCCCGAGGGGCGCGUGAAGGUGGAUGUGGUGUUGCGGGCGGCCGAAGCGCUCCUGGCGUGCUGCCCCGAGGACCAGAAGCCGGAGAUCCUGGCCCGGCUGAAGGACAUCAAGGCCCAGUGGGAGGAGACCGUCACCUAUAUGACUCACUGUCACAGCCGCAUCGAGUGGGUGUGGCUGCACUGGAGCGAGUACCUGCUGGCCCGGGACGAGUUCUACCGCUGGUUUCAGAAGAUGACGGUCACUCUGGAGCCCCAGGUGGAGCUGCAGCUGGGCCUGAAGGAGAAGCAGUGGCAGCUGGGCCACGCCGAGGUGCUGCUGCACAACGUGGACAACCAGGCCGUGCUCCUGGACCGGCUGCUGGAGGAGGCGGGCUCCCUGUUCAACAGGAUCGGGGACCCCAGCGUGGACGAAGAGGCCCAGAAGAGGAUGAAGGCCGAGUACGACGCCGUGAGGGCCAAAGCCCAGGACCGGGUGCACGUGCUGGAGCGGGUGGCCCAGGAGCACCAGCAGUACCAGGCGACCGUGGAGGAGUUCCAGCUGUGGCUGAGGGCCGUGGUGGAGAAGGUGCACGGCUGCAUGGGGCGGGGCUGCGCGUUGCCGACCACGCUCCGCCUCUCAGCGCUGCAGGACAUCGCCAAGGAUUUCCCCCGGGGCGAGGAGUCUCUGAGGAGGCUGCAGGAGCAGUCCGAGGGCGUCAUUCAGAACACCUCUCCUCUGGGUGCGGAGAAGAUCUUGGAAGAACUGGAGGAGAUGCGGAAGGUCCUGGAGAAGCUGCGCGGCCUCUGGGAGGAGGAGGAGGAGCGGCUGCAGGGACUGCUCUCGUCCAGGGGGGCCUGUGAGCGGCAGAUUGGGCUGCUGGAGGCCGAGCUUGGAGAGUUCAAGAAGGGACUUCAGAGGCUGGCCCAGGAGGGCCUGGAGCCUGCGGGGAAGGAGGCAGGGACCGAGGACGAGCUGGUGGCCCGCUGGAGGCUGUACUCGGCAACACGGGCAGCGCUGGCCUCCGAGGAGCCCCGGGUGGCCUGGCUACAGGCCCAGCUGAAGGACCUCGUGGCCUUCCCCGACCUGCAGCCGCUCUCCGACAGCGUGGUGGCCGCCAUCCAGGAGUACCAGAGCAUGAAGGGGAAGAGCACCAAGCUCCGCAACGCCACGGGGGUGGAGCUGUGGCAGGGCUUCCAGCGUCCCCUGCAGGGCCUGCAGCUGUGGAGGGCCCUGGCCCAGCGGCUCCUGGGGGUCACCGCCAGCCUGCCAGACCUGCCCUCCAUCCACACCUUCCUGCCCCAGAUCGAGGCGGCCCUGGCGGAAAGCUCCCGCCUCAAAGAGCAGCUGGCGAUGCUGCAGCUGAAGACGGACCUGCUGAGCAGCAUCUUUGGCCCAGAGCGAGCCAGCGCCCUCCUGGAGCAGGUGGCGAGUUCCGUGAGGGACAGGGACCUGCUGCAUAACAGCCUCCUGCAGAGGAAGAGCAAGCUGCAGAGUUUGCUUGAUCAGCACAAGGACUUUGGGGCUGCUUUUGAACCCCUACAGAGGAAGCUCUUAGACCUCCAAGUUAGAAUCCAAGCCGAGAAAGGGCUUCAACGGGACCUUCCUGGAAAACAGGCCCAGCUCUUGAGGUUGCAGGGGCUGCAGGAAGAGGGGCUGGAGCUAGGCCUGCAGAUGGAAGCCAUGCAGCCUCUUGUCCAGGGGAAUCCCAACCACCAGCACAAGAUGGACCAGCUUACUUCUGACCACCAGGCCCUGCAGAGGCCCCUGGAGGACCUUGUGGACAGGUGUCGGCAGAGCGUGCGGGAGCACUGCACCUUCAGCCACCAGCUGCAGGAGCUGCGGCAGUGGGUCACUGUGGUCACACAGCUGCUGGAGUCACAUCAGCGGGACGUGGGCCCGUGGGAUGCUGCGUCCCGAGAGGCCGAGGUGGAGAGGCUGCUGGCUGACCUUCCUGAGAAGGAGGCCCAGCUGCCCCUGGUGGAGGCGCACGGCCAGCUGGUGAUGGAGAAGUCUUCUCCUGAGGGGGCGGCCUUGGUCCAGGUGGAGCUGCGGGAGCUGGCGGAGGCUUGGCGGGCCCUGAGGCUGCUGGAGGAGCACCUACUGAGCCUCAUCAGAAGCCAGCAGCUGCAGAGUACAGAGGUGGACACUGGGAAGAAGCUGGUCUUCAGCAACAACAUCCCGAAGUCUGGGUAUCUCAUCAACCCCACGGACCCUGUUCCCAGGCAUCGUCGUGGGGCCCAUCUGCUGGAGGAAGAAGGAGGCAGCCAUGAAGAUUUCCCCCAGCUCCUGAGGAACUUUGAGCAGUGGCUACAGGUAGAAAACGCCAAGCUCAUACGAACCAUUGCAAUGAGAACCAGCACCGCCAAGGACUUGAAGACCAGAGAGACGAAGCUGCAGGAGCUAGAGGCUCGAGUGCCGACAGGUCAGCAUCUAUUUGAGAAUCUUCUUCGUCUUGGGCCAGCAAGGGGCACCUCGGACGAGCUGGAGGAUCUGCGUUACCGCUGGAUGCUGUACAAGUCCAAGCUCAAGGACUCCAGCCACCUGCUGACGCUGAGUUCUCCCGGGGACCCCACCGGAUUCCAAAAGACGCGGCGGUGGUGGCGGCGGCAGCGUUGCGGGCUCCUCUGGAAGGCGUGCUGCGUGGCGCUCCCGCUGCAGAUGCUAUUCCUGCUCUUCCUGCUCUUCCUCCUCCUGCUCCCGGUGGGGGAAGAGGACCGCAGCUGCACCCAGGCCAACAACUUCGCCCGCUCUUUCGCGCUCAUGCUGCGCUAUAGUGGCCCUCCGCCCACCUAGCCCACUGGGGCACGCAGGUGACGUCCUUUCCCAACCGCCAGCAGUCCCAGGGCCCCUCCUGAGGUUGCCUGCUGGGGAAACUGGAACCGGGCAGGCCAGAGACCACAGAGCUGCCUGGGCAUAAAUCCCGCGCCAGGGUUUCCAGAACAAACUCGCUUUUUAUACAGUGGUCAUCGUCCGUUUAUACCUAAAUGUGUAUGUGUAUGACUCGGGACAACGUCUAGGACUUUUAUAUACACCUAUGUAAACGCUCAGUAUGUCCAACUUCCUAUGUGAUGUCUCUCUAGUUAGCAAGGUUCCUAUCAGUGUCCUUCUCCAGGGGGACUUUGCGGCAUUUGUGCCUUGGCCUGCCAUCGGCCCUGACAAGCAGGAAUAGCUGCACACAACGUUAUGACAAACUCUCACCCAGAAGCCAGUCCCCAACCCAGGUGUCAGAGCUGUGAGCACAGGAGAGCAGAACAGACCCUCGCUCGCUGGGAGCUCAGGAGCUCUUGCUUUACGCAGGGUGAGAACAAACACGCUGACUUCGUCUUAAAGCUUGGAAGAGAGGUAGAGAGAGUGAGGGUGCGAGAGGGCACCGUGGGGGUAGUGGGAGGUGGAAGAGGCAGUGACAUUCAGGGAGGCGGGGACGAACCCUGAAGAGCAGACACAGAACUAGGAGAGCACAGCGUAAGGGGGCACUGAGCAAGGGUGGCACCAAGCGCCGGCGUUCUGAGAGCACAGACCCACAGCGGGUGUCCCCGGCGCGUUCCGGAUGGGCUUAGAUUUUGUCUGUGUCUUGUUCAGGAAGAAGGGAAGGAGAUAGGCUUUACUUUUUAUUUCGACAUGAGGGUGAAAUGCUCCCAGGUAGCAGCCCCGGCAGCUGCAGGGAGAGUUGUGUGACGUCUGCAGCCGUGGGACUGAGUGUUGUCACCUAGAAGCUGAGCUGAAGGGGAGCUCUGGCCACACUGAGGUAGGGACGGAGGGUCCAACGCAGACAAGACUCAGCCUCGGAGCGCAGCCUGUCCGAAGGGUGCUCCUUCCCCUUCCCACAGGGGCACUGGAGGCAGCCAGGUCACUGGACCAUGAAUGUCUCACCUGCACCCCCUGGGGUCCCAGGGCCCAGGCCACCAGCCUGGCCUUUAGAUCAGGUCUAGGCACGUGGGCUCCAUGCACUACCUGGGAUGUGGCCAAGGUGACUCCAUGUUGGGUCCCAGAGUCAGAAAUAUCUCUUCCUCCCAGGGGGAUUCUGGGAUGGUUCCUAAGUGCCUUCAAAGUAGAUCACAUUUCCAUAAAUGGACACUAAAUUUUCUUUUUUAAAGGACAUAUUUAGUGUUCACUCUUUACAAACAGAUUUUAUCUAUUUAUAAAUAUUUUUAUCUAUUUGCUCAAGUGCUAGCAGGAGGCCAGCGGGGGUUCUUCAGGAGUGGUAUCAGACUUGGAAUCAUGAAGUAUUGUAGACACGGGGGAACUUUAAGCAGAGGGGAAACCGAGGCCCAAGAGAGCCCUGAGCCCCAGACCACUGCUGUCGCACACAGGCUGGCCCCCUCCCCCCAGCAUUGGCCUGGCCGUGGUGCAGCAGUCCUCAUGGGACCCUGGCUAGGAGGAGCUGGGCAUCUGCAGGGCAGGCAAACUGUGCUGGGGACACUGCAGGCACUGACUCCCCUCCAGAUGUUUGGGAACGAGUCACAAAGGCUGCUCUCAGUAGGCGGCCACUUUUCUGGAAAGUCAGGGGCUGGGUGAACUCAGGGCUCAGGCCUGGCAGCCAAGCACACGUGCUCCCUAGUCAUCUGCUCCAGCCCCAGAUGCUCACCAGUUAAUUGGUCCAGCCCUAGGCCACAGCUGUGGCAGAAGACCUGAGUGCUCCCGUCUGAACUCUCCCACUUCACAGGCAAGAAAUCUGAGGCCUGGAGAGGGAAAGUAACUCACCCAUGGCCACACAGCAAGAGGCUGGGCCAAAGCUGAACCAGUCACCAUGGUCCUCAGGCAGUGCCCUGCUCAGUAUAACACAAUCCCCCCACAUUGGUACCUUCAAAAAGAAAGAGCCAGGCUGGGUUGCAGCUCAGGGGUAGAGCAUUUGCCUGGCACAUGUGAGCCCUGUUUCAAUUCCCAGCACUGCCGGAAAGAAAAAAUGUUUACCGUGAAUAUAAUUUUGUCUCAGGUGCCCCAUGUUGGGGGUGGGGACAGGGAGUGCAAUAUGAGGCCUGGCUGGCGGGAAUGUCUCCCUAUAUUUUUAAACUUUGAUAACGAUGCCAUAAAAAUUUACUUGUUUGCACAACUCUUAUUUUUAAAGAGAGAAUUGAUAUUUUCCUUACUUUCAUAUAAACACAGGCAUGAUAUAACGGCCCAUGUAUACAGGUGCUUUAACAUGUCGUCUCUUGUGCUUAGAGGGGGUGUGGACAGUGGUUAUGUUCCUGUUACUUUCUAGCCUCUUUAACAACAGCUACCAGGAGUCUCAGGUGCCAUUUGAGAAGAAUGUUGCAUGGAACCUGUGUGCGUCUUGUCCCUCUGUCCCAAAGAGAGAGCUCCUAGAGUGGAUGGUAACAUGUGACUAUCACGGCCCAGCCCGGAGGCGAGUGUGUGUGUGUGUGUGUGUGUGUGUAACAAGUGGGCAAGGCCGAUGCCCUUAGCUCCUCCCCUCAUCUGUCCCCAACCCUGCUCUUUUCUUCAUCCAGCAAGUUCAGGAUCCAGAUGUUUCUAAAGCAAGGCUGUGAGUGGGUGGGCAGGCAGGCAAGGACAGCCAGGGAGGCCGGAGGUAACCUGGAGGUGACCUUUGGUUUGGCACCUGGCCCCUUGGUAGGCACUUGUCAACUGUGCUCUGUCACCCUCCAGAGGUUCCACAGUACUCUACCUCUAGGUUUGAGAUGAGAAAGCAGAGUGUGAAGAUAAACUUUUGCGCAUGCCGCAGUGGGAUUUGAACCAGGCUGUCUGAUCCUGAAGCCCGUGCUGGGGGGAGAGGGCCCCUGGCGGGUCCUGCCAGGUGCAGCGCUGCAGCCUCGGGGAGUGGCCCUCUGUUACCAGCUCAGCUGGGAUGGGCCAGAGCGGGCCUCUGUGCCAGUUUUCUGAAGACUGGCCCUUUGCUCCCACAGGUCACCUGCGAUCAUCUUCACAUCCCUUUGAGAGGUGGGACUUUCCACCCAGCUGGUCAGGGAGCCCCUCUUCAGCCUACCAGGAGGCCCAGUCCUGAGUGACCCAACCCUGCAGCCCCAGUGACAGGGGAAGAAACUAGAGCUCGUGUUUGAUGAGCUACAUUAAAAUCCAGAGGCCGGUGUGUCUCCUGGGUGCAGAGGAAGUGGGUGCUGGAUGAAGUGACCCAGCUCUCUCUCUCAGCCCCUAUUUGCCUCAGACUCCCCAGGAGGGCCGGGGGGGGGGCGUGUUAGGAGACAGUUGUCCCUGGAUAGCUCCAGGAGAAGGAAGCUGGGGUCCUCUGCAGCUGGGAGCCGAUGACAGGGCCCUGAUGUAGGGCCGCUAGCAGAAGAUGCUGAGGGCAUCGCAGCCCUUGCCUGCUGAGAGGUGGCACAGAUGGUCCUCUGCUCAUUUGAUUGGAGCUGGGGCCUGAUGGGGAGGCAAAGAAGCUUGGCAGAGGCUUCGAGGGGCUGCAGUUGGCUGGUCUGGCUGGAGAAGACCGACCGAGAAGUAGGAGAGAGGGAGUCAGCCGUGGAAUGAUGUUGGGUUUGGUGCUGCUGACUGUGCCCCAAAGUGGUGAAGAUGCUGAGGAGAGAGAGAGAGAGAGAGAGAGAGAGAGAGAGAGAGAAGAAGAAGAAGGAGGAGGAGGAGGAGGAGGAGGAGGAGGAGGAGGAGGAGGAAAGGAAAGUAGAGAAAAUGUCAGACUGUACCUUCCUAGUUCCCAGUUUUCACCCAAGGACAAGGACCAGUGGCAAAGGUUUCACUAACCAAAAGCAAAAUGAAAAAAUUAAGGACAGAUGCCUUGAAUUUUUUUUACAUAGGAUUUGAUUUCAUCUCAGAGACACUCCUCCAUCCUGAGAUUGUGUCCUGCCUAAAGCAGGUCAUGUUUGGUGGCCUUUAGGAGAUGAGGGAUGAGCGGAGAUUGCUGUGUCUUAUUUUGUGGUUUAUCUUCUGUCUUCUGAGUCCAGAGUGGACAGUGUGUAGAAAGUGUCCCACCCCGUGUUGGUCUCCCCAGUGCCACGUUCUUUCUGGAAGAAUACACAGUGCUUGAGUGUAGGGAAGCCUGCUAGAGAUGGCAGGAGGGGAGCAAGGCCUCAUGCAGGACCCCCAGACAGAGGGGAGAGAAGCGGGGAGGACAAGGUGGGGGUCAGAGUCGGGGCACUGGGCAGGGAGAGCCGGGAGCCCUCCACCUGAGGCUUCAGAGAAAGAAGCAGACACCCGCUGGCUCACAUUCCGCUGGCCAGUUUUGCGCUCGCCUGUGUCUGUGGCUCUCCCCGCUGUGGUGGGCAGAAGUCUCUGUGCCUCUUCAUUCUUACCCAACGCGACAGGCAUCCAUGUGCAUCUGUCUCUGUGCCAGGCUUUGAGUGGGAAGAGUCGGGAUGAGCCAAGUCUAGGCCUGUCCUCAAGGAUCUCACAGACCCAGGACAGGGUCUGUCUAGACCAGGCCCCGGCUGCUGCCCCUGACGCCGUCCUGGAGGUGGCCAGUCCUCCCUGGCAGCAGCUGGCGGAGCUGCGGAGGAGCCUGGGAAAUCCAGGGAUGGCGUGAGGGUGUCUUGCUACCUCUGGGCAAAGGUCAGUGGAUAACACUAAAUUCUCAGUUGAAGAACAUCCUGGGGUUCCUCGUUCUGUCAGAGGGGAGAUCCUUAUAGACUGUUACAACCCUGUGCCCGUUUGACAGGGUGGAGCACAGAGACCCAGCAGCUUCUGCUGCCCCAGGAGCUCAGGGAGUUAGUCCUGGAGGUGGAGGUGACCUCUGCCCCUAGGGGGACCCUGCCCAGUGCCAGGCAGAGUCGAGUUGGGGCUCUGCUAUGAAAAAGCUGUGUGGCCUUGGGUCAGUUCCCGCCACCUCCCCCACCUUUUGGGAAAAAAGGGAACUUGGCCCCAGAACCUCCAGCACUGCCACUAAAAACCUGAGGCAGUCGCUGGCCGUCUCCUCAGCUCAAGGGUGACAGCACUCAGGUUUGGUGACUCUCUCCCCACGCAGAGGCACCGCUGGGUGACCAGCUCCCAGCCCAGGGCUUCAGGACAACGGACAGCCCUGGAGCGUGGUCUGUGGGAUCCCAGGGAGAGUGCACUGGGCCAGGACAGUUCCCUGAGGUCCAGCACUUGGUGGCUCUUCGGGAAGCAACUGUGCUCCUCCCUGACAUUGUCCACCCCAGGGCGAGGCGGCCGACCCUUAGGUCUCUUAUCCAGAGGUUUCCUCAGACUGGCUUAGAAAUGAGGCUGCUGUCUUUUUCUCAGGAAGCAAACACUUGCUUGUAAAUGAGGGAUUACUUCUCUCUCUCUCUCUCUCUCUCUCUCUCUCUCUCUCUCUCUCUCUCUCUCUCUCUCUCUCUCUCUCUUUCUCUUUCUCUCCCCUCUCUUUCUCUCCUCUCUCUUUCUCUCUCUCCCUUCUCUCUCUCUCUCUCUCUCUCUCCCUUUCUCUCUCCCUCUCUCCCCCUUUCUCUCUCUCUCUCUCUCUCUCUCUCCCUUUCUCUCUCUCUCUCUCUCUCUCUCUCCCUUUCUCUCUCUCUCUCUCUCUCUCCCCCUUUCUCUCUCUCUCUCUCCCCCUUUCUCUCUCUCUCUCUCUCUCUCUCCCUUUCUAUCUCUCUCUCUCUCUCUCUCUCCCUUUCUCUCUCUCUCUCUCCCCCUUUCUCUCUCUCUCUCUCUCCCUUUCUAUCUCUCUCUCUCUCUCUCUCUCUCCCUUUCUCUCUCUCUCUCUCCCCCUUUCUCUCUCUCUCUCUCUCCCUUUCUCUCUCUGUCUCUCUCUCUCUCCCUCUCUCUCUCUCUCUCUCUCUCUCCCUCUCUCUCUCUCUCUCUCUCUCUCUUCUCUCUUUCUCUCUCUCUCUUUCUCUUUCUCUCCUCUCUCUUUCUCUCUCUCCCUUCUCUCUCUCUCUCUCUCUCUCUCCCUUUCUCUCUCUCUCUCUCUCUCUCUCUCUCCCUUUCUCUCUCUCUCUCUCUCUCUCUCUCCCUUUCUCUCUCUCUCUCUCCCCCUUUCUCUCUCUCUCUCUCCCUUUCUCUCUCUCUCUCUCUCUCUCUCUCUCUCUCUCUCUCCCUUUCUCUCUCUCUCUCUCUCUCUCUCUCUCUCUCUCUCUCACAAGUCUCCAACACCAGCUUUGGGGCAAUGAGUACUUUUGGCCUCCAUUCCAAGUCUAAAAGGCCAGCCCUCUCCCUCCAGAGCCUCCCACCUGAUUUGUGAGUUUCUUUGGCCCACCCAAGGAAGGGUGCAGAACUGGGUGUCCCUGGGCCUCUCAGAACCCAGCUCAAAGGCAGCAAAGAAUUUCAUGCUCACUCUACCCUGAGCUGAGUCUGCAUAAGCAGGCUUGCCCCAGUUUUUUGCUCCUGGGGACCUGGCCACACUAGCCUGAUACUGACUAGCUUGUGUGGCUGGAAUGGUGUGGGUCAUGCCGCGUGAACCAGGAGGAGAUGUGUGUGUGUCUGUGUGUGUAGAUGCUGCCUGAGUCGUGUUGGUGUCAAAAGCAAAUGAAUUUCAUUGUUUAAAUGUUUUAUUAUAUAAAUAGUGUGCACAGGGACCAUAUCCCCUUGUCAUGUUAUCUGUGAUUAUAAAACAUGCAUUUGCAAUAAAUUAAGCUCUCUGGGAACACCGGCAAGCAGUAUUGGAGCCAAAUGAAUGUCUUGGAACGUGAGUGUUAUCUCAGGUCACAUCAAGUCCAAAGCCAACUGAGACCUUCCCUACCCUCCUGGCUUUGUGGGGAGGGACACAGGAACUCUUCUUGCUCCUUCUCAGAGCUGCAUUUUAAGGUCACCCUGAAGUUCCUGUACUCUGCUUGAAAGUGCAGUGUUCUAAAAGACAGUUUGACGUUUCCAUUGUUUUAUGUUUUUUUUUUUAAACAUAUCUGCUUUAUGUUUGGAAAUAAAAAUCUCUAUUUUGUUCUAUGAAA